AUCGUAGAGAAAAGAGGACGAGCUGGUUCUAUUUAAAUACAAAGCAAGUCGAAAGUGUUGGCAGCCAGUGUAUGAAGUAAGGAUCAACUGUCUUAUAGUAGGUUAAGGUUGUUUGAGUGCUAAGUAAAAUUGUAUAAUUGGACAUGGAGAUUAGACAGACAUCGACUUAUUUUGUUGCUUUCCGCCUGGUUUUGACGGCCCUGAUAGCCGCAGAAUUCGUCUCAAGCAACCGAUCUUACAAACUGCCAACAAGCAAAUACGACCGACGGCUACCAAGCGAUCCUAUUUUCGAUGAAGACGACAACAGAUGCGAGCCUAUUCAAAUUAAAAUGUGCCAAGGACUCGGCUACAACGCAACCCGAAUGCCGAACAGAUUCGGCCAAUACAGGCAAACUGAAGCCGGGAUAGAACUAAACUCCUACCAAGUUCUUCUACAAUAUAAUUGCUCCAGUGAGCUACCGAUGUUCCUUUGUGCUGCAUUUUUACCAAUGUGCGAGCCCGGGUUAGAACGCACUAUAGGCCCUUGCGAAGGAAUGUGUCUUUCCAUAAAGAAACUUUGCCUACCAGCACUCAAGUCCUUUGGCUAUCCAUGGCCGGAAAUACUGAAUUGUUCCAAUUUUCCGAAAGACAACAAACAGAACAUGAUGUGUAUGACAGGCACUCACCCGCAUGUGAAAGACGAACAGCCUCUUAUUCGACCGACGAAGAUAAAACGAAGCUAUUGCAGACAGCCACAAAUAAGCCUCCAAUCCAACGAAGGCUGUGGGUGGAGGUGCGGAUACCAACAGGGAAUGUUCUCAACAGAAGAUAAAGAGUUCGCUGAUCUAUGGAUGGGAGUUUGCUCUGGAGUUUGUUUCAUCAGCACUGUCUUCACAGUGCUAACGUUCCUUAUAGAUGCGUCCAGGUUCAGGUACCCUGAGAGGCCCAUUAUCUUAAUAGCUAUGUGCUACAACAUUUACAGUAUACCGUAUAUACUACGAUUGUUGGUUGGGCGAAACAAUAUUUCCUGCCAGAGAAACACAGAAGGGGAAAUGUUUCUGAUAAAGGAGGGCUUGGGUAACACUGGGUGUACCGUUGUAUUUCUCUUGUCUUAUUUCUUCGGUAUGGCUAGUUACUUAUGGUGGGUCAUCUUGACUUUGACUUGGUUCUUGGCAGCAGGAAUGAAGUGGUCACACGAGGCGAUAGAGAGGCAUAGUUCAUAUUUUCACUUGGUGGCGUGGUCGAUCCCAUCGAUCAAAAUCGUCAUCAUCCUGAUAUUACGUCAUGUGGACGGAGACGAAUUAACUGGUAUGUGUUACGUUGGUAACCAAGAUAUGAACGCACUGACUGGCUUUGUUCUGGCUCCACUGUUCACUUAUCUGGUUAUCGGGACGUCUUUCUUACUGGCUGGUUUCUUCAGUUUGUUCAGGAUAAAAUCCUACAUGGAAAAAGAAGGGAGUAAAACCGAUAAACUGGAACGGCUAAUGGUCAAAAUCGGAGUCUUCUCUGUCUUGCAUAUUGUGCCUGCGUCGAUUGUGAUUGGCUGUUAUUUUUACGAGCACGCAGUGAGAAGGCUCUGGGCACAGAAUCGAAACGUCACACCAAGUGCUACGAUCUAUUUUCUCCGGAUUCUAAUGCAGCUCGUCAUUGGAGUGUUUACAGGAUUCUGGGUGUGGUCCAAAAAGAGCAUGCAGUCAUGGCGACAAUGUUCCCACUCUGUUCUAGCGCUUUCGCCAAAACAUCAAUUGAAACAAACAAUUGACAAUCGCGCAACCUGUGUUACGUCACAACACAAACUACCCGACGUCAUCACCCCUCAAGAAUGCAUACCCACACAUUGUCCGCAUACUGGACACCCUCUUUUUGUCGCAAUGCCGACAUCUAGCGGCGGAGCAUUUUCACGCACGUACAGGUUCGAAGGCAAGAUACAGGAACCUUUGUUGUUGAGUAACAAUCGGGUUGAAGGUAUCCCGUGAAAUGUGUUACCAGGAAACUACUUUCCGUUGCCGCCUGGCGGAUUCAAAAUAUCUUCAAAGAUGCAGAAGUUCUUCAAAGUCGCUUUGCAGUUUUGUUUCUUUCUUCAAGAGUCCAAAUGCGAGACAAUGCAGUUAUAAAACUAUUGACCCGGCAGCAUUUAUGUAGCCGGUAACAGAAAUCAAAGAUUUAGAAGCAGUAACCAAACAUCAGGCUUCUUAUAACAUUCCGUCAUCCAUUUUUCGCCUAUAUUUGUAUUUAUACUACUUAUAGUACCGUUUCAGCAGUUUAUUCAUUUACUUUUACCGUAUCUCUUCAAUGUUUACAGCAGUAUGACUUUUGUUUGUGUUCGAGACGAUUUCUUCAAGUAUUAUUGUCCUAUGCACAAACCUUUAUAAGUUUCUUCGGUGCUAAAACAGCUUAAAACUUCAAUUACCAUUCAGAAAAAAAAUACGUCUUUCGUUGCCGAAAUUGUGAAAUCGCUGCCUUUUUGUUUUGUGCCUUGCAGUGCUUUUGUGUAUUCUUUUAAAAAUAAAUCUUAACAUCAAAAUCGUGGCCAAAAA